CACAUCUCUCUUCCUCUUCUCUUUCUCUCUCCCUCUCUCUUAGAGAUCGUUCGAUUUCACAGUCAGACAGACUUAUAUUAUUAUUUUCACAAACAUAAUCUUUUUUUGCACACUUAACCAGUCGAUUUCACAGUCAGACAAAUUUACAUAUAACAACAUGGAAAUCGAGCCAAGUGCACCUCAAAUCGCGGGGAAAAAACUAUGGAAUAUAGUGAGAAUUAUGUUCUACAUGUUGAGGAAAGGCAUGUUAAAGAGCAAACUCAUGCAAAUUACCCUUCAAGACAUGUUAAAAAGAGGUAAAAUCGUUGGUAAAGCUAUAAGCAACCUUAUGUUACAUCCUCCACACUAUUCAUCGUCUUCAUUUACGUGCAAAUCAAACAACAACAACGACGUAGCAAUGUCAUUUAUCACACGUCGUGAAUACGAGUUUAGCUGCAGUAAUAGUCCUAAAUUUCCCCUGUAUUUCGCCAAUAAUAAACGUAGGCGAAAUCGUACGUAUAAAUCAGGGGAAAUUGAUGUUGUACAAAAAGUAUUUGAAAUUUUAAAUACUACAAGUACAAGUUAUGAAGCUGGUGGUACAACUUCUAUUGCAGUUGCUUCACCUUUAGCAUUACUUGGAUUUGGAAAAAGUCCAAAUAAUGUGAGAAAAUUAAGAGUUACUGAUUCACCAUUUCCAAUAAAAGAUUCAGAGGAAAAUUAUAAUUCACAAGUUGAUAAAGAUGCUGAAGAAUUCAUUAAGAAGUUUUAUAAAGAUUUAAAGCAACAAAAAAAGAUAGCAUCUCUUGAAUCUCCAUCUCCAUAUCAUGUUUAUGUUAGAUGAAAAAUUAAAAAAAAAAGUGUAAUGAAUUAGUGAAUUUUUUAUUUCCUAAGUUUUUUUUUUUGGGACUAGGAGUUCCAUGACUACCUUCAUUGACAUACAAAGUCAAGUUUCCAGGAGUUUUUGGUAUGGAGCGCUUUAUCUGACACGACUAUAAGAUGGAUAUCAGAUAGCAGAUGAGAAAUAAAAGAAAUCGAAAUUAUAUUGCUUAUGUUUUUUUUUUUUUGACUUUUUCAAAGUUUUUUUCUUUGUGUUAUGAAAUUGAAGGUGGGACAUUAGUUUGCUUGAAGAGAUGUAUGUGGUUGAUCCUAUAAUCCAAAAAAGGGCAACUCUUGUUUUUAUAUUA